AUGCCUAAAAAACCUGUGGAUGCAAAUAAACCUCGGGGUCCAAUAACAGCUUAUGCAUUAUUUGUUCGUACAUGUCGAGAUGAAUUACGUCGAAAAUAUCCUCAGUUAACUGUUGAUUAUAAUGUUAUUACAAGAAAAUGUUCUGAACGUUGGAAAGCAAUGAAUGAAAAUGAAAAAAGACGUUUUAAUGAAACAGCUGAUUUACAACGUAAACGAUAUAAAGAAGAACUUGCUACUUAUCAGCAAGAACAAUCAGCUAAAUUACUGCAACAACAAUCGGUUGCAUCAUCAAUAUUACUUCAAACACCAUCAGCACAAUAUCUUGUUGAACCAUCACAACAACAACAACAGCAUACAUUAAUUAUGCCAACAUCAGCACAACAUACAAUUGUGAAUACACCGAAAAAAAUAACAAAAAAACGUGAACGUAAACCAAAAGAUCCGCUUGCACCAAAAAAACCAUUAUCAGCUUAUUUUCUUUUUUGUGCUGAUGAACGACCGAAAGUUCAUGGUUCACAAUCAGGCAUGUCAGUUAGUGAUGUCGCACGUGAACUUGGUACUCGAUGGAAGAACGCACCUGCUGAAUUAAAAACAAAAUAUGAACAAGCAGCAUGUGAAAAGAAAAAUGUUUAUCAAGCUGAAAUGGCAAUAUAUAAACAUCAAACAUCAACGGGUUCAUCACCACCUGAAACUCCUCAAACACCUUUGACACCUCAUGAUUAUCAAUCGACAUUUUCUUCCUUACCUAUUCAACAAUCUUUACAAUUACAAUUUGAUACAAAUGAUACAAAUGAUAAUUAUUCCGAAUUUGAUAUAUUAACAAAUGGAAAUAAUGAUCACCUAUAA